CAGCGUUGCCUUUCUACUUGUAUAUUUACAAUCGUGUACGUUUGGCUAUUUCUAUCUUGCCAAGAUGCCACAUGAAUGAUUUAUGUUAAUACAAUUGCAAGUCGUCAAUUCAAACCUAUUAUUUGUAACUUUAUCUACGUCAUUACGACUAGUUUUGUGCUCCGCCUAUGAGAACUUCCGGUGCACCGUUUUGAAUCUUCGUUUGGUCGUUUUCGGUUGCUAUCCGAGACUUGGGCCCAAAGCAAAUGUAUUGACCAUCAUCUUCAAAGAGAGAGGGAGACCAUGGAUGAUGAUAAUCACAGAUUAUUUCAAAGAGUUGCAGAGAAACUGGGCUGGUCAGAGAAGGGAGGAUUGGAAACAGCAGAACAACAGCUGAUUAAGAGCGUCGGUAAGACUCGGCGUCUGGCCACAGGCUGUCAUGGCUCCAGGGGGGCUCAAAACCUUCCUCCCCCAGUCCAGAUACAUCUGCUCGACACUGAGGAAGAGGAUGACAGAGGCUCAGGGAAAGAGAACCAGGUCUCCAAGGGCAACGGUUACAGGACCAAGGUGUUCAUGGAGUCCAGUGACGAUGAGUUUGACCAGUUUCUUGUGGAGCAGGCUACACCCAAAACUGCUUCUCGGAAACAUUGCAGUUCUGCUAAGAAAGUCAGUGAACCAGUCCUUGUAUUAAGCUCAGACAGUGAUGACCACUUUGAAAACUUCCUGAGCCGUGUGAAAACUCCCAAGCCGAAGCCCGAGGAAGCGGAGCGUGGCAGUGGAGACAGCCUCAGAAACUUCAUUGUCGACAGCUUUUCCUCCGAUGAUGACUUUGUCGUUGAGAGGAAGAAAAACCUACCUCUAAAGGUAACAUCGACUGCUUCCCUAACCCCGGUCAGAAGACCCUUGUCCCAGUGUAACACUCCAGUUUUCCUCAGCGACAGUGAAGAAGAUGAUGGUAUUGUGAUGAAGAGCACGUGGAGGACAUGCCACCCUGUGCACCAGACGCACAAAGUCAACGUCCUACAAAGUAACCAGAAGGACAACACUCCUCCUCUGCCUUCCCUCUCUCCCUCCUCUCCUCUCCGCUCCUCCUUCACCCCCUCCCUGACCCCCCUUCCACAGCGGACCCACUCAGCCCCGUCGAAGCUGGAGGACUCAGCCAGCUCAGAGGAGGAGUUCCUCAGCUUACUGGACAGAAUUAAGAGGAACCACAAGACCGGCAACACCCCAACACCUAAACCCAACACGGAACAAACGCCCUUGGAUCUGAAGACCCCGGUGCGGCCGCUCGUCUCUAAACCCGCUGUGUCCCAGACGGAAUCCAGACUCAAGACCAGCGGCCUUUCUUCCUCCAGUGUGUCAGCAGGGUGUAUGACUCCUGGGUGCUUCCUCCAGUCUCUGUCUGGACCAGGCUCCAGCUACAGCCGCAACUUCAAACAGACCAAGGAGGAGCUCACCAGCAAACUGUAUCGCCUGUACAACACCAGCGUGUUCGACAACAAGCUGCCCAGUAACAUGUCAGUGAGCUGGAAUAACAAGAUGAGAAAGACUGCUGGCUACUGCGUCACAGGGCAGGAGAGAGGAGGAGGGAACCGAUACGCCCGUAUCCAACUCUCUGAGAAAGUCUGUGACUCUGCAGACCGUCUGCGUGACACGUUAGUCCAUGAGAUGUGCCACGCUGCCACCUGGUUGAUCAACAGUGUGAGGGAUGGACACGGCCCCUUCUGGAAGCUGUACGCCCGCAAGGCCACGCUGGCACACCCCGAGCUGCCCAUGGUCACCCGCUGCCACAGCUACGACAUUAACUACAAGUACCAGUACCAGUGCAGCCGCUGCAAAAACACACUCGGUCGUCACUCUAAGUCCCUGGACACCCAGAGGUUUGUGUGUGCCCUCUGUACGGGUCAGCUGGUCCUGCUCACCCCUGCCAAGCCCCGGGCGCCCACCCCCUUUGCCAACUUUGUCAAGGAGAACUAUGGCAGUGUUCGCCAAAACCUGGUGGGUCAGAGCCACGGUGAGGUAAUGAGGAAACUCAGUGUUGACUUCGCCACCAAGACUAAACUCAGCCAGAGCUGAGGGAGAGAGAGAGAGCGUGUGAAAGAAAUGAGGUGGAAUCAUUCUAACCUGGAUUAGACCUACAUUACUCGUCUCCUGGACUAUAAAGCACUCUUGAUAAAGCACUCUUGAUAAAGCACUCUUGAUAAAGCACUCUUGUUCAGUAGUAUCUGUAAAACCCUGUCUGAACAUCUUCAUUCCUUGAAGAUUUCCACUGCUCUGAAGCAAUGGUGGGAUCCUUCUCUUUCAACCAUCCUAAUGUCGUAGAUUAGUGGGAUCCUUCUCUUUCAACCAUCCUAAUGUCGUAGAUUAGUGGGAUCCUUCUCUUUCAUCCAUCCUAAUGUCGUAGAUUAGUGGGAUCCUUCUCUUUCAUCCAUCCUAAUGUCUUAGAUUGGUGGGAUCCUUCUCUUUCAUCCAUCCUAAUGUCUUAGAUUAGUGGGAUCCUUCUCUUUCAACCAUCCUAAUGUGUUAAAGUAGUGAGAUCUUCAAGUUGAUAGGUCUGUCUUAAGUACCUCUGUGUAUGUAUCAGGUUUUCAGAGGCAGCUAUGGUGAGUCUGUCAUUCCUCUGUAGUUGGCGUCUCACCGUUACAGUGAAAUGAGCCAAGAGACACACUGGACAGUGAUUUAAAGGCAUCGUGAAUCAGUCAUUUUGUUGUCGAGCCUGCCUGUGACAUGGAUUCAUACGCUUCAAAUAUCAUUUUGUGACCAACUGCUUUGAAUUACUUGAAAUAUGAAUCAGGAAAUAGUUCCAUGAAGUUUCAUAAGGUGCAUAGAAGGCAGAUCUGGCAACUUCACAUACAAUUUAUGUAACAUUUUGAACGUUUGUCUUGUUGUUGUUUUUUCAUGUUUUGUUUUUGAAUAAAGAUUUCAUGUUUUACA